AUUGUUCCCCUUCAACUUCAAAAUCAUCAACCAAUUCUUCAGAUAAAGAAAUAUGAACUGGAAAAGAGGCCGAACAAUCGGCGUUGGCUCCUCGGCCACCGUGUCCUUAGCUCGGUCUUGUGUUUCCGGGGAGGUUUUCGCGGUGAAGUCAGCAAGUCUCUCACAUUCACACUCUCUUCACGUCGAGCAAGAGAUUCUGUCUACUUUGAGCUGUCCCCAAGUCGUGUCUUACAAGGGCUGCAACAUCUCAACGGAAAACGGCAACGUUCUCUACAAUCUCUGCCUCGAGUACGCACCGGCCGGCACGCUUUCGGACGAAGUUCGAAGGCAAGGCGGGUCACUAACAGAGUCUACGAUGAGGUCCUACACGAGGCAGAUACUAUUAGGGAUGGAGUAUCUGCAUGCUAAUGGUAUUGUACAUUGUGACAUUAAGGGUCACAAUAUUUUGGUGACAGAUGAAGGCGCCAAGUUAGCAGAUUUUGGUUGUGCUCGACGUGUAAAUGGUGAUCAUUAUGGCUCGGUUACAAUUUGUGGCACCCCUCUUUACAUGGCACCCGAGGCGGCGCGUGGAGAACAACAAGGAUUCCCGGCGGAUGUGUGGGCGCUAGGGUGUACAAUCAUCGAGAUGGCUACCGGGCAGGCGCCGUGGCCUAGUGUUACAGACCCGGUAUCGGGUUUGUACUGUAUAGGGUUUUCAGGUGAUGUGCCAGCGAUUCCAAGCUCUUUGUCAAAGCAAGGUAGGGAAUUUUUGAGCAAGUGUUUGAAGAGAGACCCAUUGGAGAGGUGGUCAGCUAGUGAGCUACUCAAGCAUUCUUUUCUUCUGGAGGAAGAACCCUGUUGGAAUAGUCCCACAACUGUGUUGGAUUAUGGUUUAUGGGACUUGGAGCAGUUUGAUGAUAUGGAAUGGGAAAUAAGUACCUGUUCAGACUCGGCUAGGGAAAGAAUUCGACGGUUGAGUGAAGGGAAUGUCGAUACGGCGUCGUUAAUGCUCAAUUGGGGUUGUGAUGGAGAUUGGGUGACAGUGAGAAGCAACAAGGAGGUGGAUAUAUUGCCACAAGAUGAUGAUCAAGAUUAUGAAGAUGAGGCAACAAAUACAAAUUCUAGUGCUAGUAGUAAAAGGUUGGGUUUGGGCACUUGUAAUGGUAGUUUUAGCUGUAGGGAUAUGAAGUAUUGGCCUUUGAAGGCCUCAGUUUCCAAAUGUAGCAGAAAUGUGUUUUGUGUAAACCCAAACUUUGAUAAUGAGGAAUUCUGGUUCUUUCUGCAUGACAUAGUAUAA